GUGAGCGUUGCCCCCUCCUGGAGCUUUUAAUAACUACAUCAAUGCACAACGUUUGCUUUCUAUAUGCUGUAUGAAAGUGUAAUUAUUUCAUUAUUAUUAUUUUUUUUAUUUCACAUCUUGUUCCUAAUGCAGAAUCCAAGAUUAUUUUAAAAAUACUGCUUUACCUGUUGAAGUGGACCUGGGGCACCAAGUUCAAUUUUCUGUACAAGUACCCCAUUGCAGGCAGCACUCUGGUGGAGGAGAAGAAGAUCUCUCUGAUAGACGCGGGUCUGUUGAUGAACUCAGCCUACCCUCUGGUCCUGCACCCCGAGAGGAAGGUCGACCUCAUUCUGUCAUUCGACUUCAGUGCCGGUGAUCCUUUCCUGACCGUGGACCAGGCACAGGCUUACUGUAAGGAAAAUCAUCUGAAAUUCCCCAAGGUCGAGGUGUCAAAGAAGGCUAGAGCUAAACCAUCUGACUGUUAUGUGUUUGAGGGCCAGGGAGACACCCCCACUGUCAUUCACAUUCCUCUCUUCAACACGGUCAACUGUGGAGGUGACAUAAACAAGUGGCAAUCUCGGUACAACACAUUCAAAAUCUCGUACAGCGAGGAAGAUAUAAAGGACCUGCUGGAGGUGGCAAAGAGCAAUGUGAAGAGAAGCCGAGAGACAAUCUCCACCCAAAUCCAGAGAGUGAUUGCAUACAAGAAACAGCAACAUGGAAAACAUCAGUACUGACGUACUGUAACCUUUGUAACCUUUCUUAUGUUCUUAGUAUCUUUACUUGGAACUUUUAAGCUUAGAAAUGGGGACAUUCUUGGAAAGGCUUUUUAAAUGUCCCUGGUACUUUAUUAGUGCAACCUGUUCCUAAAUUGAGAAAAUGUGUUUUAAAUAUAAUCAAAAUAGAAUGAUUUGGGUUAAUUUAGUGUGUACAAAUGGUGUAUGGAUGACUGCAAGGUUGAGGAAGGUAAACAGCAAAAGCAAAUGAGCAGCUUCUUUGUGGGAACUAAAGUCAUUUUGACAUGAUACUUGUAUGCUGUAAUGCUUUUAAGAAAUGUAUUUAAACUGAGAAAAUCCAGAAUUGAAUUGUACAGUUCAUUGGCUGUAUUCAGAGUAUACGGGUUACUCCGCGCACCUUUGUCCAAUAAAUCUGACCUGUAAAAGCAA